CGAUUCAAACGUUUUAUUAUGACCCGGAAGUGAAACAUUUGAAUUGAACGUGCGUCUGUGUUUUCUGUAUGGUUUCACGACUACAGGGGCCGCUGGCUCCUCUCAUCUACGUACACAAUGGAGCCUCGUCAUGGGAUUGUGAAAGCUUUCCCCAAAGUUAAAAGAGCCAAAGUGCUUCAGGGAAAGGAUGCGCCCCCAUUAAAGAAGAAACCUGGCGAAUGUGUCGUCACAGAAAACACUUUCAGUGACGUCACAGUGUACCUUCUGCCUGCUGGAAUUGGAAAUGCCAGAUGCCAGAUCUUCCAAAAACAGAUCCAGCAGAAAGGAGGGAGGAUUGAGAGUUCACUGUGUCCAGGUGUCACUCACGUAGUUGUGGAUGACGGCAUGGACAGUGACCGGGCUCUGCGCUUGCUGAAAGUGGAUUGCAUGCCCUCUGGUGUCCAGCUCGUGAAAUGCACUUGGCUGAGCUUGUGCAUCAGUGAGAAGAACCUUGUGGAUGUGAACAGUUACAGCCUUUUACCCAAGAGGGACUCAGCAGCAAAGUGUGAGAAUACAAAAGAGGAAUCAACAAAAAUCAAACCUACUGCUGAAGCUACUGUAAAGCCAGUGACUCAUGAACCCAAGCAAGAGGAAACCUUGGAAACGAAAACUCUAGACAGCAAGGAAGACAUUCGUGGAGAAGAAGACGGUGUCUCUCAGAGUGACCUUGAAGCUCUCAUCACUGGCCAGCACCCCAAAGAGGAGGCUCCCAGCUCCACCCUAAACCCCGGUCCAGAUUCGGCUGCUGCUCAAAAACCACUCUCAGGGAAGUGGGUCUGUGCCCAGUCUUCUCAGUCCAAAAGUAAUAACUUCAACAAGCACAUCACAGACAAGCUUGAAGUACUGGCCAAAGCCUACACACAUCAGGGGGACAAGUGGAGGGCGCUUGGCUACUCCAAGGCUGUCAACGCUCUGAAGAGCUACCACAAGCCUGUGACGUCAUAUCAGGAAGCCUGUCAGAUCCCAGGAAUAGGAAAACGCAUGGCUGACAAAAUUGAGGAGAUAAUGGAGAGUGGGCACUUGCGGAAGCUGGAUUACAUUGGGGAGGCUGUGCCAGUAUUGGAGCUUUUCACCAACAUCUGGGGAGCUGGAGCAAAGACUGCUCAACUUUGGUACCAGCAGGGAUUUCGCACUUUGGAGGACGUUCGCACAAAAGCCCACCUGAGCAGCACUCAGAAAAUAGGACUGAAGCACUACGAGGACUUUUUGGACCGGAUGCCCAGGGAAGAAGCCCAAGCUAUAGAGAAAGUGGUGAGGGAUGCUACACUAACCAUAGACCCAGGCCUUGUGGCCAUGGCGUGCGGCUCCUACCGUCGGGGAAAAGCUACGUGUGGAGAUGUUGACGUGCUUAUAUCUCACCCUGAUGGCAAAUCUCACAAGGGGGUUUUCAGCAAAGUCUUACAGAUCCUCCGUGACAGCAGUUUUUUGACAGAUGACCUGGUGAGUCACGAAGAGAACGGAGAGCAAAAGAAAUACUUGGGUGUGUGCCGUUUGCCAGGGCCGAACCACCGCCACCGCAGGCUGGACAUCAUUGUAGUGCCUUACGACGAGUUUGCAUGUUCGCUCAUGUAUUUCACUGGGUCAGCGCACUUCAAUCGCUCAAUGAGAGCUCUUGCAAAGACAAAACAUAUGAGUUUGUCAGAGCACUCACUGAACAAAGAUGUGGUACGUCAAGGUAGCCUUAAGGUUCAUAGUGGCACUCCACUUCCCACACUGACAGAGAAGGAUGUUUUUAACCUUUUAGGGAUACCGUACAGAGAGCCUCCUGAAAGGGACUGGUGAAGAUUUGCAAAUCACAAUAUGUCUGAUUUUAAAGAAAAAUCAUGUUGGAGAUGAAUGAUGAAAUUGGAAUUAUACCCAAAUAACCACAUGAAUUUUAACUGGUCUUCUGAUCAUGUAAGAACUGUUUUUGACUUGAAUCCUUAAGUGAUAUUUAGAAAUUUAAAUGACCUUACCUUAAAUUUAAGGAAGUUAGGCAGUGUGCACCUUUUAAACUUCUCUUGCAACCACCAGUUCUUUACAGAAAGAACACUUUUAAAUCAGAACAAUAUUUCCAAAAUGUAUUAAACUGUCUUUUGAUUGUGA